GGUCCCCUCUGUUCUUCUUCACGCAGGCGACCACCCCCAGCUCCGCAACCAUCUCCGUCCGUCUCCUUCCUUUUGAGAACCACCAGCCAUCGCCACGGCCAGCGCCCCCAUCCCUCCGUCUGCCCUUGUUCUCGGCAUCGACAUCGACGCCGGCCACCUACUCCGCCACCGUAUCUCCACCUCCUCUGCUUACUCCGGCCAUUGCCUCUCCACCAUCUCCUUGUCUUCUUCGUUCUGUGGCGACCGCCUUACCCUUUUCCAAAGCCGCACAGUCGUUGGUCCGACCACUGGGAGGUAAACCAACUGCUUUGGAUCUUCUUAUGGCUGCUUUCCCCCCCUUGCAUUUGAACCCUCAGACAACACGUUACCAAGGAGCAUCUGAAAUGUCAUCUGAACCCUCAGAGGAAGUAGUGGCUACACUCUUGGUUCGUCACCUUCCUGAAGCUAUUCCUUAUGAUACUCUUUCUCGGCUCUUCUCCCACUAUGGUGCUUCUUCUGUGCGGCCUUGCACUGGUGGAAGGGUAAGGAACUGUGUGUUUGUAGACUUUAAGAGUGAAGCUUUGGCAUCUCAAGCAUAUCGCCAAUUGAAUGGGCUUUGUUUUUUGGGUAAAGUCUUGUCAGUGGAGAGAGCUGGUAAACUAGAAUUGAAUAACAAACAUCAACAAGGGGCAGCUGAAUCAAGGAAAUCCUCCUCGUCUUUGUCAAAAGAUGCUCCUGCGACCAGAAAUGUCAAAGAAGGAUCCAGAUUAGGAAUGUUUCCUGCUAGUGAACCUAUUGCCGAAAGACUUGGCGUUGACUAUCCAUUUCCACUGCAUCUUGAGUAUGCUUACCCCCCACCAGAUGGAAAUAUUCUCACUAAUAUUGUAAAUGCUCUUAUUGCCGUUCCUCGAUUCUACACACAGGUAUUGCACUUGAUGAACAAAAUGAAUAUUCCUGCACCUUUUCGUAUGGCACUUCCCACACCACCUCUACCACCUUCAAUUCUGGCCACCCCUCAACCUCCUCCUCCACCGCCAUCCUCUCCACCCCCGCCAAUAGCUACAAAGUCUCCUUUGGAUGAUCUGUCUAGUGGUGAAUCAGAAUUGGAAUCUUCUGAUGAGGACAUCAAUGACAAGUUCUACCCCAUUGGAGGUCCUGGAGUAGGAAGACCUAAACGAAAGCGCAUCAAGCGAGAAGCUAUUGUAGGCCCUGCAGUGGAUAAAGAUGUGCCUCAUGAGGCUGUUGGUCUAAAACCUGCAAACUUGGUCCCAAAAGAGGUCCCAUUUAUAAAAAAGAAGAACCCUGUGUUGCAGAUCAAAAUUGUGCCUAAACUUGCCCAAAGUGAGCAAACAGAAACUGUAAUAGAGCAAGAAGAGCUAGAACCAAUGGAAGCGGACAAACAGAAUUUGGAUCUUAAACCUUUUGCAACUCCAGAAGAACUGGAGAAGGGAAAGUUACCUCCAGAGGAGAUCUUAUCCCUUCCAAUGUUUAAGAAUUAUACAGCUGGAGAUCCUGCUUCUGUGUUGUACAUAAAGAACUUGGCAAAAGAUGUAGUUGCUGAUGACUUCUACUUUAUUUUCGGAUCAUUAUUUGGAAGCAUUGACGCAACCAAAUCUAGCCUAAGUGUUAAACUAAUGCAGGAGGGAAGAAUGAGGGGACAAGCUUUUGUCACAUUUCCAUCCAUGGAACUUGCUCAUCAGGCUUUGAAUCUAGUGAACGGGUACGCGUUCAAAGGCAAGCCAAUGAUAAUCCAGUUUGGCCGGAAAGCCACCACCGGUGCCAAACCCUCCUAACUGACAGAAUUGCCCAAGAACCAAUCAGCAGCAGUAAAUGUACUCUGAGACUGCAUAUACGCAACAACUAACUAACAAGGAACUACCGCAUUCACAACAAAGCAAAGUUUCUCUCAAUCUUCCAUGAUUUGGCUACCGGAAAUUUUAUCAUGCCCUUGCCUUCAAAUCCUCUUCCAUUCUAUAAUGGUCCGUGGCUGUAUUAUUUUUAUCCCCUUUCUUUUUCUUUUUACGCCGUCUGUAAACUAUUACAUUUACAGAAAAAAAUAGAGUUAGAACAUCAGAGGAGUGGACACAAAUAUUGGAGUGUCGAAUCCGGAAGAUUAAGAAUUGCAUAUUAUUCUUCAAGAUUAAACAAUUUUGAAAGUUAAA